AUGUCGCCGCCUGCUGCUCCGGGUACCGACAACACCCCGACACUCCACCACCCCAACACUCCAACACCCCGACACCCCGACUCCCAGACAUCCCGACACCCAGACACCCAGACACCCCGACACUCCAACACCCCGACACCCCGACACUCCAACACCCCGACACCCAGACACCCAGACACCCCGACACUCCAACACCCCGACACCCCGACACUCCAACACCCCGACUCUCCGACACCCAGAUACCCCGACACCCAGACACCCCGACACCCAGACACCCAGACACCCCAACACCCAGACACCCCGACAACCAGACGCGGACACUCGACCCAGCCCCGCCUCUCCUCACACUCUCUUUCGGGGCAUCUCAGAGCUGGCGAGACGCUGCUCCUUGGGGUUAGCUUAGGGCUUGGGCUGCACGGCGUCCCCACUCCAACACACAGGCGUCCUGGUGCUGUUGCCCGAGUGCCCGACGCGUCCCCGCCCCUCCCGGCCCAGACCGCAGCAUGCUGCAGGGCUCUGGGGACGCCGGCGGCACGGCUUGGCGGCGCGCCCCGCCGCGGCCCCGCCAACUCGGAGGCUGCCGUGGCCGCGGGGAGCUCCCCAGUGUGCACGCCGCCUGGGGUUAUUCAUGGCGAAGGUCUCGGCGGCUUUGUGUUUUGA